AUGCCAUUUGACCUAGCUACCCCGGUAUUUUUCCAUGACGCUGCAAUUACAAAGGAAGGAUGCUUGUUGGUUUGGGGCGGUGUGCGUGACAUUUACAGUUCAAAUCGUACAAAUAUUGGCCAGUACUGCUAUCUCGAGCCUCCCUCUUUGAAAACUUUGGCUGCUCUUUCGCUGCGACCCUACAUUAAUUACAAGACUGUCGAGGAAGCGAACAAUUUGCGGUUUUCGUGUGUCAUGGAAGUGGUGCGAGUUCGUCGCACUGAUAUCUGUGUCAAGGAUGCUUUCACUCUUGUUAGGACGUCAUUAUUCCAGUUUAUGGCACUGUCGUUACUUUCGCAGAACAGAUGUUCAUUUGGUGGUUGUCAGCUAUACUUCUCCAGCACGGACGAUCUAAUCGCCCACAUAGAGUUCACCCAUAUUCCGCCGUUAGAGGACGAAUAUCGUCAAAAAGUUAGCCAAGCUCAAGGUACUGAAGAGAAUCGUGCUUCAGCUACUCCGAAUAUGCCACUUAGUUGUGUUUAUAGACUUAGAGUGAUAAACAUUGGAACACUGACUAUGGAGUUUGAUUGUAUAGUUCGUCGCACUGAUAUCUGUGUCAAGGAUGCUUUCACUCUUGUUAGGACGUCAUUAUUCCAGUUUAUGGCACUGUCGUUACUUUCGCAGAACAGAUGUUCAUUUGGUGGUUGUCAGCUAUACUUCUCCAGCACGGACGAUCUAAUCGCCCACAUAGAGUUCACCCAUAUUCCGCCGUUAGAGGACGAAUAUCGUCAAAAAGUUAGCCAAGCUCAAGGUACUGAAGAGAAUCGUGCUUCAGCUACUCCGAAUAUGCCACUUAGUUGUGUUUAUAGGCUCCACUCUCGUACUACCCACGGAGUCAUUCUGAAGGAGAGCGCUCUCAGCAGUCACUCAAGCGCUUCUGGAAGUCGCCCUUCUUCCCACAAUGGACAUCCUCCUCCUACGGCUAGUCCCACGAAAUAUGCUGCUUUUGAUUUGCUAGGUGGUUGUGGUACGCCAUCGUCUACGGAUUCGGCACCAGCGUCUCCCUCACCGGCGGUAUUGGACCAGUUGAUUUCUCAAGCCCGGGCUCACGGGCAGGCUACUGCUGCCGCUGCUCAAGAGCAACAACGAGCUCAACAACGUCCGCUUCCUGUUCAAAUUGCCAGUACUGCUAGUCAUCAAUACGGCCAG